AUGUCUUCCGUUCAGCUCAAGUUCUCUCUCCGCACCUCGUCCAACGUCAAGACCGUCCACCUCGUCGGUUCUUGGGACGGCUACCAGCGCCAGAUUCCCCUCUCCGCUGAUGAGAAGCCCGGCGCCUGGCAAGGAAAGUUCCGUUUCCAGACCUCCAUGCUCCAGCUCGGAAGCCGCUACUGGUACUACUACAUCAUGGACGGCUACCACGUGUCCCACGACCCCGCCGUCGAGUACACCGUCGAGCCCACCACCGGCCGCAAGCUCAACAUCCUCGAUGUUCCCGGUGGCAAGACCCGCUCCGCCCCCAAGGCUGCCCGCGGCGUCGCUACUGGCCGCUCCCUGUCCCCCUCGCGCAUCCAGCACCCCAAGCCCACCAAGAACUACGCUUCCCGUCAGCUGCGCGAGGCUGACUUCGCUCCCACCGUUGACGACUUGACCCGCCGCUUCGCCGGCUCUCGUCUGUCCGAUGAGUACUCUUACUCCAACAGCCCUCCCAGCUCCGUUGGAUCCAUGUCUUCUCGCUCCUCUGGCUCUUCUUCUCCUUCUUCUGUCUCUUCCAUCAGCGACUCUCACUCCGAGUGCCACUGCGAGCGCUACGGUAUCACCCGCAAGGGUGACCGUGUCAAGCUCGACUGCGGUGGUUCCCGCUGCGGCUUCUCCGAAGAGGACAGCUGCUCUGAGUCCGAGUACGAGAGUGAUGAGGACUACAGCCGUGCUCGCCACGCUGUCCGCCGCCAGGGCAUCGUUGUCCGUCGCUAA